UUCCCCCUUCACCAAAAUUCAGAAAUUUCAUUUCCCUCACAAACCCACACUUCGCCCUUACUAAAAUUGCUUUCCCCCCUUUUGCAGUGCUCCCUCUACGGUCUUCUUUCCAUCUCAACUUCUGCAAUUACAACUCUAAAUCUAUCCACCUCGAAUUUUCUCUAUCCUCUCACCUCCUAACUCACUAAUCUCAAUCAAAUCUAGGGUUUUGACAAUAUUUUAUUCAAUCAUUGAAGAAAUUAGGGCUUUGAAAGUGAUUUUUAAUACUUGCUUUUAAUAGAUUUUUCAGCUUUUAUACGGAUAUAUAUAGAUAUAUAUCGUGUUUUUAGUGUUUGAGAGGUUUUGUUUGAGAAAGUUGUGAUCUUUUAGCUAGUAAGAGAUAAGUUGAGCAAGCUCUAGAGGUUCUGUUGGUGUUAUAGCAUUGUGUUUGGAGAUAUAUCGGUGGAAAGGAGUUUCGAUUGCUCGAAAGAUGCAGAGAAAAACAGAGGAAAGAGGCGUCACGACUCCAAUCGGUGAACAGAAAACUUAAUGCUAUACACAAGCUCUUGAUGGAAAAAAAUGAUAGAUUGCAGAAGAAGGUGUCACACUUCAUGUACGAGAAUGGCUACUUUCGUCAACAUACACAAAAUGUUGCCCUUCCCAGUAAAUAUUCAAGUUGUGAAUCUGUGGUUACAAGCAGUCAACAACACUUGACAUCUCAGCACCUCCAAGAAAUACUAGUCCUACAAGAUUCCAUUGGAGCUGUUUCUAUUUUUCAUGGUUGCCUUGGUGUGGCAGCACGAGCCCGUGUCCUGGUGGGUUUAGAGCCUACUUCGGUAAUAGAGAUCCUCAAAGAUCGUCCAGCUUGGUGACGUGAUUGUCGAGCAGUUAAUAUUCCGAAUGUGUUACCCACUGCCAAUGGUGGCAUAUGUGUGAAGUGUUAUACAUGUACUUGCAUUGGUGAUGGCAGCUUCCAGGUGCGUACUGGGUCAUUACCAUCUAGACUUGAAGAACAGGGUCAAGUGAAAAACUCAAAGCAUCAAGAUGCUUGUGUCGUCGUAGAAUAAAGAAGUUAUUCGCCAUAGUGAUAUCAAUCCAAGUAGAAAAUCGCAAGUGAUCAAACUAGUUUUGUAUCCAGUUUUAGAAUUUGGAAUUUUGUAAAUACUCUGGUUUCGAGGACAAGUUAUAUAUAAACCAUUGUCUCAAAUAGAAAUAACUAUGUUUUAGACCUAAA